UGUGAUCAUAUUCAGAGUGAGCUCUAUGGUAUAUAAUAAGACUUUAGUCUUUACAUUUAUUAAUGCCCAUUUGUCAAGCAAGUAAUAAGUUAUGAAAAGUGAUUUGAAGGUAUCAGUGUCGACGUGAAUUUUUUCACAUCAUUUCUCUUAAAGCGCGAUGUAUAUAGAAACUUUUGUGUUCUUCGAUAUAGAAACAACAGGCUUGCCACAUCAUGAACGAAAUCAAACAAAAAUUACAGAACUGUCACUUGUGGCUGUAUCCAGGAAGGACAUGGAAGUGACUCUACAGGGCAGAUUGCCAUGUGUCAACAAAUUAUCCUUAUUAUUCAAUCCUCAAAGAAGAAUUCAAGCAGAAGUUGUGAAAAUUACAGGAUUAUCAAACAGCACACUACAAAAUCAACAAACCUUUAAUUGUAGAAUUAAAAGCAUAAAUUCAUUUCUAGACAACCUUCCAAAGCCAGUAUGCCUGGUGGCACAUAAUGGAAACAUUUUUGACUAUAAGAUACUUAGAGCUGAGUAUAUUGAUGCAAAUGAAACUUUACCAUCUAAUAUUUACUGUGUAGACUCAUUGGUGGGUUUGAGAAAAAUACUGAAAGAAACAAAUAUUUCCUACAAUACAUUAUAUUUUAAAGACAAUAUUGAAGAAUAUUUUACAGAUGAUGAGGAUGAGUGGCCUGAACUCAAUACAAGCAUUGAGGAAUGGCAGGAGAUAGACGAACUUGUCUGCAAAAUGAGUAAUGUAAGUCAAAAUGAUUCUCACAAUAAACAAAAUAUUAAAACUGACAAAGCUACAAGAGAAAAAGUAUGUUGCACACUAGCCGCAUUGUAUAAAAGGCUACUUAACAAAGAUGCGGUUGAAGCUCAUAGAGCAGAAGUGGAUUGUAUCAUGCUGCUGGAAUGUGUCCUUGCUGUGAAAUCAUAUUUUCUGGAAUGGGCUGAUAGCAAUUGUAAACUUAUUGAUCAGAUAAAGCCUUUAAUAAGAAAGUAAUUAUUUUAUAUCAAACAUUUUAAGACUGUUAUAGGUUUGCUUUAUUAUUAAAAUCAUGUUUUUAUAUUAUUAUA